AUAAAUAGUACCCAGUGAAGAGGAGAUUGGGACAGAAUAUAGAAACGCUACUGAUUUUAUACAGAACAUUGACAGAAACGAAGGGAAAUUUUGAAAUACCCGCUGUUGUAUUUUACGAGAGAAAAUCUAUUGCCGAGCUGCAACCUCUUGUAAAAAAGGAGGAAUCCCAAUGUACUCCAAAGACAUAAAAGGAAUCGACCAAAAAUAUUUACUCACAAAAUUCGAAACACCCAAAGAACAUGCCGCUUUAGCUUUUUAUAACCAUAUAGUGGCGAUAAGAGAAGUAAAAUUGGCAUUGGAACAUAACUGAGCUGGUCCAGCACUCGCCGCGCCGUGAAAUAUUUCCGUAAUAUUUCACAAAAAUGGCUGCGGGAUUACCACGAAGAAUAAUAAAGGAAACCCAACGGCUUAUGGCAGAACCCGUCCCAGGUAUUUCAGCUGUACCAGAUGAAAGCAAUGCGCGAUACUUUCAUGUUGUGGUAGCAGGCCCAGAGGGAUCACCAUUUGAAGGUGGAGUGUUUAAACUAGAACUGUUCCUGCCCGAAGAAUAUCCAAUGAGUGCUCCAAAAGUCAGGUUCAUGACAAAAAUUUACCACCCCAACAUUGAUAAACUAGGAAGAAUUUGUCUUGAUAUCCUAAAAGACAAAUGGAGUCCAGCAUUGCAGAUUCGUACAGUUUUGCUGUCUAUUCAAGCUCUACUUUCAGCGCCCAACCCAGAUGAUCCCUUAGCUAAUGAUGUUGCUGAACUUUGGAAGGUGAAUGAAAUGGAGGCUAUUCGUAUUGCACGUGAGUGGACGCGCACAUAUGCCAUGGGCAAUUAGUGGCAAUCUUCAUUUGUUAUUAUUUUUUUCUAAUUGAAAAGAUACCACAUCUCAGGAUCAACAGGACAUUAUGUUGAUAAUGGAAAAAAAAGGAAAAAAAAAAGUGCAGACUUCUUAGUCAGGACAAAAGUAUGAACACCAACCAAGGCCAAGCUGCCCUUGUUGGGUUAAACAAGUGUAAUUAUCGGAGAUUAUCCUCUGCUUCUACACCUUAUCAAUAUAUAUCAUUCAGACCCCAGUCACUUGCAAGACUGGAUAACCUUGGCUAA